GUUUCUAUCUGCAGACAGGCGAUCCAAGAAUUGAAGAGGGAAGGCCGGAAAGUCUUCACCUCUGUCUUUGCAGAGCCGGAGAGGCAGAAGAACAAGAAGUGGUCAGACUUCCUGCAAUCACCUUACAACUGUCUCUGUCCGAUCGAACGAAGCUUGGAAGGAGAAGAGGUUGACGAGGCUAUUACAGCAAGGUUGUCGCAGCUGGCUGAGACAGCAGAUGGGGCCUGCUUAGCUCUCUUGGCAACCCACACCGGGUAUGUUGACCUUGUCAAGAAGAUAGUGUCUACGAGAAGAGAUCUUGUCGUCUGCGUCCCACGCGGUGCAGUUUCCAGCGUUCAGGCUUACCAAGAGACGGGGGCACGUGUGCUGCCUUUGGGGAGAAUCCCGGAGGGUCCAAAAAUCAGAGCCUUCUUAGACCCCGGUGGCACUGGCCGCGUCGAGACGGCAGAGCCGUGGAAAGCUGCACGUCGUGAAGAUCAAGAGUGGGGCUACCGCGGGGAGCGUGGCUACCUCAUCCCGUCUGUGGCGAAGUUCUGGUUUGCUCAUGACCUCGGACGUCUCACGGUCUUCCCCGCUCAAGCCGGAUGCGCAGCAGCACACCGGAGAAUUAAAGAUGCUGGCCCAGGGACUGCGUGGAUUGAGUACCGCAACGAUCUUGCAUUCUUCCUUCCUGUCGGUGACCGGGAAGCACAAAAUAGUAUUAGAGUCAAUGCGCAGUUAGGCGGUCAGCUGGCAGGGUCCAUUUACAGAGGUGGGGGUCCGUUCAUGGUCCAAGACUCAGAGGACAUGGUGCUGGAAGUUCUUCGUAGGAUGGGAUAUUUAGACGAGGAAUUCAGCAAUGACCUGGCAGAAGCACUGCUCACAUUCGUGAGCAUGCCAGAGAACUCGUAUUGGCUGCGCAAGAACUGUAAGGCAAUGCCCGAUCCCAGCGACACUCCAGAAGAUGUGCUUGUGAAGCUGCGGAGAGCAUUCCUAUCGCAUGAUACCAGUGGCCAUUGGCGCCGCGCUCCCGACAUGCGCCCGGAGCUUGUCCGAGCGGGCUUUCUUCGAAAGUGGAAUGACGACCAGAGUGCAGUGAUGGAUGCAAUGCGUAGCUACAUUGCGAGGUAUGGUUUGCAGGAGAGACGGAGCUACAUCGGCCAUGCCUACACGGUGCUGCAGCACUUCUACCGAUCAGAUCCCGAGCGAAGUAUGGGAAGUGUCACGUUCCGGAUGUGA